CAUAUGACGUUUUCCUCUCAGAGUAGAUUUGAUAGAAAUACUUACUAAAUACUGACUUAUAGUUAUACUCGUAUUGAAUUAUAUGAAAGUUUAUGGUACGAUGGCGGCAAUGAGCAGAGGAAUUGUUGAAAUGGAAACACCGUCGCUAUUAUCCAGUAAUCAAGAGGAUCGUAUUAAACUUCUAUAUCCAAUGGUAAAUGAAGAUGAAACUCCUUUACCAAGGCAUUGGAGCUCUAAAGAUAAAUACGCAUUCAUAGGACUUUCACAGAACAACUUAAGAGUUCACUACAAAGGUAUUGGAAAGAAUCACAAAGAUGCAGCUAGUGUCCGAGCCAGCCACCCAAUACCAGCUGCAUGUGGACUUUACUAUUUUGAAGUUAAAAUUGUUAGUAAAGGAAGAGAUGGGUACAUGGGAAUUGGGCUGUCAGCACAGGGAGUUAACAUGAACAGGUUGCCAGGCUGGGACAAGCAUUCAUAUGGUUAUCAUGGAGAUGAUGGUCACAGUUUUUGUUCCAGUGGUACAGGGCAACCAUAUGGACCUACAUUCACCACGGGAGAUGUGAUUGGUUGUGGUGUCAACUUAAUUGACAAUACUUGUUUUUAUACCAAAAAUGGAGUAAAUCUUGGCAUUGCCUUCACAGAUCUUCCCCCCCAAUUGUACCCAACUGUAGGCCUACAAACUCCAGGGGAAAUAAUAGAUGCUAACUUUGGUCAGUAUCCUUUUGUAUAUGAUAUACAGGACAUGAUGAAGGAAUUACAAGUUCGAACCCAAACCAUGAUACGUGGCUUUCCCACGAAUGAUACUCAAGGAGAGUGGCAAACAACUCUACACAGAAUUUUACAGACAUAUUUGGUACAUCAUGGGUAUUGUUCUACAGCUGAAGCUUUUGCCAAAAGUACUGGACAGGCUUUCCUGGAAGAAGUGAAAUCUAUCAAAAACAGACAGAAGAUACUUAAACUUGUGCUAGCUGGAAGAAUUGGAGAAGCAAUAGACACCACACGCAGUCUGUACCCAGGACUUCUGGAAAGAAAUCCUAAUCUUCUCUUCCUUCUCAAAUGUCGACAGUUUAUAGAAAUGGUAAAUGGCACAGACAGUGAAGUCCGUCCCACUCGAAGCCCUACUUCACAAGAUAACUCUCCUGCCAGGAGUGCCAACAACUUGAUUCCAACUACAAGAAGUGCUCACACUAGCAUUCUGAAAUACUCUAGUAGUUCUCCAAUGUCAACUAGCCCCAUUUCACAAGUGAUAUGUGACAAAUCUCCAACUCAAUCACAUGCUGACUGUAGUUCACAAAAAAACAAUCGUAGGUCUCCAGUGGAGGAGAAGAACAUUACAAACAGUGCAUUGUCAAAUGGAAAUGUGCUUAAUGGUAACAAAGAUACUGAAACACCAGAAAAUAUAUGUGAUGAUGUAGAAAUGGACAAGGGAGAAAAUCUAGCUCUUGAAACUGUUCAGAAUGGAAGGACUAUAUCUAUGAUAACCAAUGGAAACAUAGAACAUUCUGAUCAAAAUUAUCAAAAUGGUAAUAGCCAGGAAAGUAGCAGUGAUGAAGAUGAAAUGGAUGUUGACCCACCACGGAGACUGAUGUGUGGUGGUAGUCAACUAGCUCUAGAACGUAUGCUUCAAUUUGGUCGAGAACUGCAUUCUUUUAGUGUUCAACUAAAAAGGGAAUUUGGAACUAAUGACGCCAACAAAAAAAUGUUGCAGGAUGCCUUCAGUCUUCUAGCCUAUUCAGAUCCAUGGAAUUGUCCAGUUGGUUAUCAGUUAGAUCCGGUACAGCGAGAACCAGUCUGUGCUGCCCUUAAUGGUGCAGUUCUUGAAUCUCAUAAUUUACCACGUCAACCACCACUAGAACUUGCCUUAGCUCAUGCACAAGAAAUUGUAAGGCUCAUGUCCAGUAAUGGACUUGGCUCCAGUGCUUUUGCCAACUUCGAAGCUUUUCUGCAUUGACUAUGUUCCCGAUUUAGAACAUUUUGUUUUCAUACAGUCAACUGAGUUCCCUAAAAUUAUGACUAAUUUGUGUUUAACUCCACUUUGUACGGCUGUAAAAUUUGUUUUUUCUUCUAAAUUGUGAGUAUAUAUAGCAAAGGUCUCACUCUUCAGUGACAAUAAAAAUACUGCUUCACUUUGAGAGGUGGUUUUUAAGUUGCUUUAGUUAUCUGAGCUUUUCUUGUUGGUCAGAUAUGUGUAAAAAAUAGCUGGAAAUUCACAAAUGAGGGAAGAUGUAGCAAUUUUGGUAGUAAAAGUUUCAAUUCGAAUGUUUCUACCUUUUGAGCUAAGAGGUUCCACAAUGUAUAAUUAAUUUUAAUUGAUAGGACUAUUUUGUGAUUAGCACAUGUCUGUAAUCUCCAUAUUAGGUUGUUAUAAUAUUUCAUGUCUGUAAAUGCUUCAGAUUUGUUUGUUUUAUCAUUAAAAACAGGACAUUUUUACUUCUUGCAAUUUUAACAUAGGCAUAUUGAGUAAUAGUUGUUGAAACAAUUAAUAUAAAAUUGGAUGUGGCUACUUCUAGAGGAUAUGGUUUAGUGUUAAAUAAGUCUUCAAAUGAUUGUCUGAAUCAUACUAGUGGUAAUGAAGUAAAGUUUAAAAGAAAAUCACUAUUUGCAGUAAAUUAAUACAGAUCAUGAAAACAAAAGAAAAAAUUUGAUUUAGGGAUUAUAUUGAUAGUUUGUUAAUUUUUGAAAAAUUGAAUUCAGUUUAACAGUAAAAACUAUCACUUCAUUUUUUAUUUUUUCUUAGUGAAAGUUUUGAAGUCAGAUACAUUUUAUUUAGUAAUGUAUCAGCCAAAAAGUUCUGUUGGAAAACUUUUCUUGUUCAUAUUAAAAUGGGCAACAAUUCAAGUAUGUUUCUCACCAAGUUACAAUUUUAGUAUCAGAUAGACCCUUAUAGUUGUUAAAGUUUUGGUAUUAUUUACUGUCAAUAUGACUUAUCACUUUUGCAUCAGAUAUUAAGUAAUAUAACAAGGCUUUACUAAGUUAAUAUAUAUAUAUAUAUAUAUAUCUUAAAAGUUUUGAAUCUGUAUUCAUUGGUUUAUUCAAAGCUGAAAAAAGAGAAUGACUUCAUUUCGUAGUGUAUAUGGCAGUCUCUCUAUUCAUACACAAACACAAUAAAUGUAUUGUUACAAUAAGUAUUUUGUGUUUUUAAAACACAUUUGGUAUGGUAAAACAACAGUAAAAUUAUUCCUGUUAUUGUAGGAUACAAUUUUUUUUACCCGGUGUAUGUUUGUAACUGACAAGCUUAACUAAUCUGAUAUAAAAAUUGAAGUGGAUUAAAAGUGAAGAAAGUUUUUUAAUUGGUUUGAAACGUUUGUUUUUUGACAACAGUUAAAUGCCAUGUUUUGAACUUUUCAACUGUCAUUGUUAUCAACGUUCAGAAAUUACUGGAGUAGUUUAUAUAAAAAUUUGAUAAUUAGCAAACAUCUAGCAAAUUAGUAAAAAAAGAACCUGGCAUUUCUUUGUAGUAAGAGCCAUUUCGUAAGCAUCCUAAGUCUUAUAAGUAAUAAUUUCAUAUUCAUUUGAAAUGUUCAUGCUCCAAGAUAUAUCUGUAAUCAAGAUUUUUGUUUUUUGAAUAAUCUAUUUUCAGUUUAUUUAAUACAAAAUGUUUUGAAAAUGUGAUUAAAAAACUGUCAUUAGAUUAUACAAGGUAAUAUGUAUCAUGUUAAUGAUUGGAAUAUUAUAUUUUUGAGCAACAUCACAGGUGUGGUGUGGCUUAAGUCAAGAUGAACAUGGAAUAAGCAUAAGAAGAAACCAUGAUGAAGGUCAGAUAACUUACACGUACUCUGUUUUUUGACAUAAAAGAAACAGCUUUAAAAUCUUUUAACUGUAUUUCAUUUCACCAGCAAAUCAAAAAAGUACAGAACUUUGAAAUUAUGGUGUAGGUGGUGUUCUUAUCUCACUACUAAAAUGUUACAGUUUACAUUUUGAGGACUUUGAUCCAAGUAAACUCUGUGGUGAGAUGAAAUCCUUAACACACAAUGUGUUCUACACAUGUUAUGACUGUUCAAUAUUAUAUACGUGUCUUUACUAGAGUAGCAGUGUUUACAUUUUUGUCUAGAACUUCAACUGUGUAAAAAAUGAUUGUACUGAGGUUUGUUGGUUUGUUUGAUCUCAAUCUUCCUUUGUUUAUAAGAAUUUUUACUAAAAUCAGUAUGAAUGUAAAGGUCUCUUAACAAAAAUAAAAACUGCACUUAUUGCUAACAA